AUGCAGAUGACCAUGCAGAAUGCAGUUCAGGUGUGGUUUGGAGAUGACCUUCCCCUAAGUCCCCGAAGUCCCCUGACUCCCAGACAUGGGCCAGGUUUGGCAGAUGUGUGCCUGUACGACCAGUGGAUAUCUGUGCGGCAUGAAGCAACUUUGGUGCCUAUGCAAGAAGAUCUGUCCAUCUGGCUGUCUGGCUUGCUGGGAAUAGAAAUCAAAGCAGAACAACUGCUUGAAGAACUUGAUAAUGGGGUACUGCUCUGCCAGUUGGUUGGUGUUCUUCAAAACACAAUUAAAAAAUGUUGUAGCUCAAAUAACUUAAGGAAUUUUCCUAUGAGAAAAGUUCCAUGUAAGAAGGAUGCUGCAUCAGGAUCUUUUUUUGCCAGAGAUAAUACAGCCAACUUUCUUAACUGGUGUAGGGCCAUUGGAGUUGAUGAGACUUACCUCUUUGAAUCAGAAGGUUUAGUUUUGCAUAAGGAUCCAAGACAAGUGUAUCUUUGUCUGUUGGAAAUUGGACGCAUUGUAUCUGGGUAUGGAGUUGAACCUCCUGUACUGGUAAAACUAGAGAAGGAAAUUGAGCUAGAAGAAACACUACUGAUGACCUCUGGACCACCAUCACCUGUUAUCACAGCCAAGUCAUGUUGCCACCAUGGGGAGCUACAUGAGGCAGUUAAACAUAUAGCAGAAGAUCCUCCCUGUAGUUGUUCCCAUCGAUUUUCAAUUGAAUAUUUAUCAGAGGGACGUUAUAGACUGGGAGAUAAAAUACUCUUCAUACGAAUGCUACAUGGCAAGCACGUGAUGGUACGUGUUGGUGGAGGCUGGGACACUCUUCAAGGUUUUCUGCUCAAGUACGAUCCAUGCAGAGUGCUUCAGUUUGCAACUCUGGAACAAAAAAUCCUGGCGUUUCAGAAAGGGGUCACCAGUGACAGUGUCUCCAGUUCAACAGCCAGAGUUCAGGAACCUCCCAUCAUGAAUCCGAUGUCAGCUGUCAAUAUGUUUCAAAAGCAGCCAUCAAAACCCCCUACUCCUGUUUCAGCUGUAAAGGCUGUCCAUGCUGCCAGUGCCAAGAAGGUUGUAUCUACACGUCCUCAGUCCCCUGCCCUGGCAUCACCAAAAGUGCCAGCACACCCAUCCUCUGCAGCCAAGUCAGUCAGGUCCAAAUUACAAGGGUGUUCAGGAACAGGUGUCCAGUCUCCUUUCAAACCAUUAUCUGGCACCUCAAAGAAACUGGAGCCUUGUGCACACAACUCGCCAGCUCCUUCGCAGCCUGUAAGCAAGAGCUCUUCAUCUGCAGGAGCCCGAACAGCUCUUGUGCACUCCGACACGUUGCGCAAACGUAUUUGGUCCCCCGAUGCUCCCAAGGGAAAAUUUGCCCUGGCUCAGGCCUCCCCCGCACCAGUGCUGCAUCCUGCCCCAUCAUCCUCCAAAAAACAGCCUUCUCACUUGCCUGGCACAGCUAAAACCAUGGCCUCAAAACAGAAGCAUGUUGCUGCUAAAUGCAAACCUGUAUCUGUCACUAAAACCAAAGCGAGUUCAGUUGCUCCGAGGGCUGCUCAGGCGCCUGUUACAAAUCUGCAGGCUGUUGCCAAGUUUGCACAUUCUCAGCAGCUCCUUGCAAAAUCUCCUUCUGAAAAUACUAUUGAAGCCUCAGGAACUGGGUCCCAGCGUCAUCAAAAAGCUCCACAAACAGCUGACCUGGCAAGGAACCUGAAAAGUGCUCCAGUCCUAAAGCACUCAGCUUCUGCUCCUUCCCUUGCAGUUAGCAAAGCAUCAAAGUCACCACCUAUGCUGGUAUCUACGAGCAAAAACGUAUCAUCAACUGUCCGUAAGCAGCCAAAUGUCAGUAAAUCUCCUCAGGUUGGACCAGCUUCAUCCAAACCUCCUGAACGCACUCCCUUAUCUGUUGUACGGCUUCCUCAAACCUCAGCCAAAGCAACAGUGACCAAAAAGCCAGCACAGCCUUCCACAAAAGGUCAGCCUUCAGCCAAAAGCUUACAAUCAAAUGAAAGCUUGGCCCCGGCAGCCAAGAAGCCUCUCCCUAAGGGAAAACUGGCAGUGGCAUGUAACAAAGGGAUGCCUGGGGUAUCAAAAGGUCCUCUUGUGAAGAGCAGGCAAGAUGAUCACUAUUUUGUUAUGACAGGGAGUAAAAAACCCAGAAAGUAA